CUCUUCUUCUAUAUCCCCACUCCAAAUGUCCAAAAAGUUCACUGUUGAGCAAGUAGCUGAGCAUAAUAGCGAGAGCGAUUGCUGGAUUAUCGUUCAUGACAAAGUAUAUGAUGUAACCAAAUUUUUAAAAGAACAUCCAGGUGGUAAGAAGGUACUGCUCAAAGCCUCUGGUACCGAUGCCACAAAGCAAUUCGAUGCCUUCCACAACAAAGGAGUUCUUGAUCAAUAUGGCCCUGGUCUACAAAUCGGCACCAUUGGUUCAGCUGAUGCUGAUAAUGAUCAAGAUGGAGAGGAAUGGUCAGUAUCGCCUGUCGCAUUUGGUGACCCCAUGUGGCACACACUCGCUAGCCCAUACUAUAACGAUUCCCAUCGUGCCCUACGAAAUGCUGUCCGUUCCUUCGUUGACAAGGAGCUUACUCCUUACUGCCAUGAGUGGGAUGAAGCUAAGCAAUUGCCUAGAGCGAUGUUCAAGAAGGCUGCAGAAGCUGGUAUUCUUGCUGCUGUGAUCCAGAAUAUUCCUAAAGACCUGUGCCCUUACGACUUACCCGGCGGUGUCAAGGUUGAAGACUUUGACCCUUUCCAUGGUAUUGUUACUAUGGAUGAGCUUUCUCGAUGCGGCUCAGGUGGUGUUGUUUGGUCUAUUUGUGGAGGCCUCGGUAUUGGAUUGCCGCCAGUGAUUCAACACGGUAGCGACUAUCUCAAGAAGAAGGUUGUUCCCGCUUGCCUCGGUGGUGACAAGGUUAUCUGUUUGGCUAUUACUGAACCCACCGCUGGAUCGGAUGUUGCUGGUCUAAAGUGUGAAGCCCGCGACGAAGGUGACCAUUAUAUUGUCAAUGGUGAGAAGAAAUGGAUUACAAAUGGCGUUUAUGCAGAUUUCUUCACCGUCGCUGUUCGCACUGGUGAGCCAGGUUUCAACGGAAUUUCCUUGUUGCUUAUUGAGCGCUCUAUGCCAGGUGUAAGCACUCGUCAGAUGAAGUGCUCUGGUGUAUGGCCAUCGGGUACAGCGUAUAUCACCUUCGAAGACGUCAAGGUACCCAAAGAAAAUCUCAUUGGAAAAGAGAACCGUGGGUUCAAGUACAUUAUGCAAAACUUUAACCAUGAACGAAUGGGAAUUGUCAUCCAAGCCAACCGUUUCGCGCGCGUAUGCAUUGAAGAAUGCAUGAUCUAUGCUGACAAGCGUCGUACCUUUGGAAAGAAACUGAUCGAUCAUCCCGUCAUUCGUAACAAGUUGGGUCACAUGAUCCGUCAAGUCGAGGCAACCCAUGCUUGGAUGGAAGCCAUGGCUUUCCAAGCACAACAGAUGCCUGAAGAGGAACAAGCUAUCCGAUUGGGAGGUCCCAUUGCUCUCCUCAAAGCGCAGUCCACUCAAACUUUUGAGUAUUGCGCUCGCGAAGCUGCUCAAAUUUUCGGUGGUUUGGCAUACACUCGCGGUGGCCAAGGCGAAAAGAUUGAACGUCUGUAUCGUGAGGUCCGUGCCUAUGCUAUUCCUGGAGGUAGUGAGGAGAUCAUGAUAGAUCUUGGUGUACGUCAAUCUAAGAAAGUAAAUGAAUUCUUCAAUGCACCAAAGCUGUAGACGUCUAUUCUUUCGCUAAAGACAUAGUGAACUGCCCUAUGAAGAAAUUAAUCAAUAAAAAAAAAUAAAAAAAAGAGAAUAUUGUUCAUUUUGGAAGCAAG